AUGACCCUUGGAGUACUCCUUACGGAGGACGAAUGCAGAUAUAGGAGGAAUUUCGCCCAGAUUGACGAGAUUGUGUUACCCGAUCUUCCGUUUUACUCUCAAUCGUCAUUUGACCGUAUUGACCGGGAGGGCAGCCGAGAGAGAAAGACCUGCAAAUUGCAAUAUGCGCUCAAUGAAUCUGUGGAUGACGAUCUUGCGACAUUCCCGUCGGCGGCUCUUCCGGAGACCGAUAUGCCACAGCCCCCAGCCAGCCGGGUGGAUAAGAUGGGCGUUCCGCUGGGACCGUGUAGCGCGUCCCCCCCAAUUGGCGGGAUCUACCAGGCGUUGAAAGCACCGAACUUUGGAGCGUUGUUAUCAAUCAAUGUUUCACACGGCUACUUUACGCCCAGGCUUGCCUUUGCGCUACGGAUACGCUACGGAUACUUUCUAUCAAACGUUGACCCUCUACCCGGUGGGAGACCAGAGAUCGCAAUAUGGUGUUUAGAUACGGGAGGAUGCGGCUCAUUGAGUGACGGGUUGAUUGCCGGUGGCGUGGUUGACCGUUUGGCGCCAUCAACGGACCGAGAAAAGCUUGGCUCUCUGCCUGCAGAUUUGCCCCUGAGUUUGGUGCGUCGUGGUGUAACGACAGCCCACCCUUUGGAACGAGGCAUUGAUGCUGUGAUGGAUUUAGUAACGAGUCGGUGGUACAAUCCUUUACCGUUCAAUACCUUCGUUCUAUUUCUACUAUUACUAUUCACUGCUAUCGCCACUGCUACUCUUGCUGCCACUAUUUCUGGCAUCACUAUUCUUACCGUUGCCAUCCAUACUAUUACUGUUUCUGUUGCUACUACCCUUGCUGCUGCUGUUGCUGCUAUCAUCACUAUUCCUGCUUUCCGUUCCUCAAUUAUUUCGUAUGGGAUACACUCUAGAAAGCGCCUAGUAAUUGCCAAACUCAUAGUUGCUAUACGAAGGCGGCUGGUUCUGUUGAACGGCACCUUUAUCCUACUUUCUCACCCAUUUGAGUGGUCCGUUCGUCCAUGCAUCCAUGGCGGGAAGGACGCGUUGGCGGAGCGGGGGACCGUAGGAACGAGAGGCCUAGACUUUUGCCCCGUUGACAUAACGGUUCCACAACGGGAGUUCUAG